AUGAGUUCCUUUUUACCUGAUUACUGGAGUUUUACUGCUGUAAGAACAAUAUUAGGAUUAGCAGUUGGAGGUAUUAUGGUUAUUGGUUUCGUAAUAGUGAUGGAAUACGUUGGCAAUCAGUACAGAGAUGUUGUAGCGGCACUAUACCAUGUACCUUUUACAUUGGGAUACAUGAAAAUGUUUCCAACAGUAGUUCGGAACGCAGCAAUUGGUUUAUCUUCUAUGAUGGCUAGACUAGGCUCCAUGAUUGCACCAUUUAUAGCAGGUUUUCGACCAUAUGGCCAAUGGUGUGCCCCCUUAGCUUUCGGAAUAUUUCCAUUGAUAUCUGCGGUCCUUUGCGUUUUCUUACCAGAAACAAAGAACUGUGAACUAAUGAUGAAUGUGGAAGAAGGCGAAGCGUUUGCGAAGAGACAAAGGGAACAACGCGCAUUGUUUCAGUGUUGUUGUAAUACCCAGUUACAUCACUAUGGAGAUUACGUAAAUCCAGAUGAAAAUACGAUAGUUAUUUUAAAUCACCGCACAAGAAUUGAUUGGAAUUAUCUGUGGAUUGGUUUGUAUCAUGCGACACAAGAUCCCGAUGCGGAAGUUUGCUCAUGCAAGGAAAAUAAAGUACUACGGGAAAAAAGGGAUAUAUUGGAUGUAAUAUCAAGAGGCAAAUCAAAGAUAAAGUUUGUUUUGAAAGAUGAAUUAAAGAUAGUACCGGGAUUGGGGUGGAUAAUGCAGCUGAAUUAUUUUCUUUACCUGAAAAGAAACUGGCAAGAAGACCGGUUGAACUUCACACAAUUUGCAGACUACUAUGAAAAGAUGGGUAGUCGCUACAGGCUUAUUUUAUUUCCAGAGGGAACAGACCUGAGCGAAGAAAACCAACGUCGCAGUGAGAAAUAUGCAGCGACUAAUAAUUUAACUGCUUAUAAAUUUGUAUUACAUCCCCGAACCACUGGCUGGGUGGAAUUGUGCUUGCGGUUGCGUAGCGCAGGUCUGGCGUCUGUGUAUGACGUCACUGUGGCGUAUGAUGCGCCCGCGCAGACAGAGAUCGCUUUAAUGCGUGGUCGUAGGCCGAAAAAUGUAUACUUUUACUUUAAGCGGUAUCCGAUUGAAGAACUACCACAAGAAGAACAUGAUUUACGAGUGUGGCUCAAUCAACGGUGGAAGGAGAAGGAGUCUAGUCUCCGACACUUUCAUGCUGAAGGUAAGUAA